CGCAGUGUAGGGCAUUGUUACAGCCAAGAUGGCGUUAAGUAAAACAUUUGGCCAAAAACCGGUAAAAUUUCAACUAGAAGAUGAUGGGGAUUUCUAUAUGAUCGGAUCAGAGGUAGGGAACUACCUGCGUAUGUUCAGGGGUUCACUGUAUAAGAGGUACCCCUCUCUCUGGAGGAGACUAGCGUCAGUUGAAGAGAGAAAGAAGAUAGUCGCAUCCUCACAUGAUCACGGUUACACGACUUUGGCGACCAGCGUGACUCUCCUGAAAGCUUCAGAAGUUGAGGAGAUUCUGGAGGGAAACGAUGAGAAGUACAAAGCAGUUUCCAUCAGUACUGAGCCACCUGCCUACCUCAGAGAGCAGAAGGCAAAGCGGAACAGCCAGUGGGUGCCCACCCUGCCCAACAGCUCCCACCACCUGGACGCAGUGCCCUGCUCCACUACCAUCAACCGGAACCGCAUGGGCCGCGACAAGAAGAGGACUUUCCCACUCUGUUUUGAUGAUCAUGACCCAGGGGUUAUUCACGAGAAUGCCUCCCAGUCCGAAGUUCUGGUUCCAAUUCGACUUGAUAUGGAGAUAGACGGACAGAAGCUGAGGGACGCCUUCACUUGGAAUAUGAAUGAGAAGCUGAUGACUCCUGAAAUGUUUGCAGAGAUUCUGUGUGACGACCUGGAUUUGAACCCCCUAGCCUUCGUCCCUGCCAUUGCCUCAGCGAUCAGGCAGCAGAUCGAGUCGUACCCCACAGACAGCAUCCUGGAGGAGCAGGCAGACCAGCGGGUCAUCAUCAAGCUGAAUAUCCACGUUGGCAACAUCUCGCUGGUGGACCAGUUCGAAUGGGACAUGUCGGAGAAGGAGAACUCUCCGGAGAAGUUUGCCCUGAAGCUGUGCUCCGAGCUGGGCCUGGGGGGAGAGUUUGUCACCACCAUCGCCUACAGCAUCCGGGGGCAGCUCAGCUGGCACCAGAGGACCUACGCCUUCAGGUUUGUAAACCCACUUCAGCUUCACGCAAGACCAUUUCCAUAGGGGGUCAGAACUGGA